AUUUUACAGGUCCUGAUUUUAUAUGUAUUAUCCUGAUAUAUCCCGGCAACAGAUGAAGCUGCAAUGGCCAUGGAAGGUUGGCUUUCAAAACGUUGAAGGAUUUUGUGCAAAAAAAGGAGACAACAUCACAUGCGAUAGAAACGAAUUGAUAUAGUAAAUUCAUACCAACUUCAAAAAUGUUUUUCCUCCAAUCGGAUCUUCGAUCUGCAAUUCAAAUUGCUGCUACCUUUUGCUAUUUGAACCCCAGUCGCUACGAAUCGCCCUUCCCCAGACCCGUUUCCGUCCGUACGCCGCCCCGGCUUAGACCGCUCCAUGCGGCGGCCGUAGAGAGAAUAUCUCACAAGCCUCCGAUCUGUACUGCUGAUGAACUUCAUUACGUUUCAAUUCAUAACUCCGACUGGCGACUCGCUCUCUGGCGUUACAAGCCUCCUCCUAAGGCACCUUCAAGAAAUCAUCCAUUACUGCUUUUGAGUGGUGUUGGAACAAAUGCAAUUGGAUAUGAUCUUGCUCCUGGGUCUUCAUUUGCACGCCACAUGUCAAGCCAAGGAUACGAUACCUGGAUUCUUGAAUUCCGAGGAGCUGGAUUGAGUUCAGAGGUGGCAUCGAAAGAAGUCAAACAGCCAAUCAGCCUUCCUUCUGAAAGAAUGGAAUCAACUCCCAAAACACAAGAAAACGGUGUGGUUUCUGUUUCUUCCCAAAAUCAACCAAACCCUAAUUCUGAUUCUUCUGUAGAAAAGAAAGAGAUGGCUGAAUCCGAUGAUCAGUCACAGUUGUUGAUGACAUUCACAGAAACUUUUAAGCGGUUUUCUGAGAGAUUAUCAACACUAAUAAAGGAAGGUUCUCCAGAAGCUCUACAAAAUUCGACUCUUGCAACCCAAAUAAGAGAUUUAAGUCAAAGGCUUGGUGAUAUUAUUGAAGAAGGUCAACGCUCAGUGUCUCCUCCAUUUACAGAUUUACUAGAUCGCUUUUCUUCCACAAUUGAAAACCUCCAAACACAAAUUGACAUCCUUGGCAAGUAUAACUGGGACUUUGACCACUACCUUGAAGAGGACGUGCCUGCUGCGAUGGAAUACAUACGAAGACAAUGCAACCCGAAAGAUGACAAGUUGCUUGCAAUUGGCCAUUCCAUGGGUGGUAUCUUGUUGUAUGCCAUGCUCUCAAGAAAUGUUCACGAAGGAAAAGACUCCAAAUUGGCUGCAAUUGUUACUUUGGGGGCUUCACUUGAUUACACCACAUCAAAUUCAUCGCUAAAACUACUCACACCUCUGGCAGAUCCAGCUCAGGUAUUGAAUGUGCGUGCUGUUCCAUUAGGCGCAUUGCUUGCAGCAGCUUAUCCUCUUGCUUCUCGUCCUCCUUAUGUCAUGUCAUGGUUAAGUCGCCUCAUUUCUGCACAAGAUAUGAUGCAUCCAGACCUCAUGGAGAAAUUUGUUAUGAACAAUUUCUGCACGGUGCCUGCGAAGCUGCUAUUGCAGCUAACAACAGCCUUUCAGGAAGGUGGAUUACGUGACAGAAGUGGAACUUUCUUCUACAAAGAUCAUCUUAACAAAAUUGAUGUUCCUGUUUUAGCAAUUGCUGGUGAUCUUGAUGUCAUUUGUCCACCCGAAGCUGUACAUGAGACAAUCAAACUGGUUCCUAAACAUCUAGCAACAUACAAAGUCUUUGGUGAGCCAGAUGGGCCACACUAUGCCCACUAUGAUAUUGUUGGAGGCCGUUUGGCACCACAACAGUUAUUUCCGAGCAUAAUCGAGUUUUUGGCUGAUCAUGACUCCAUAUAAUUUUUACUCUCAAUGCUGUAUAUUAUAUACAUAUUUUUAGCUAAAUGCAAAAGCAAAAGCAAAAGCAAAAGCAACCAAAGUGAAAUCUUGGGGAAUACGUGGCAUCCCUGAGUUAUAGAUAUAGUGUUGUAUUCUUUUAUACUACACCCCCAAAUAGAAAGGUAAACGUUGAGCCAAGCUAUAUCAACAUUCAUGGAACAACUUAUGUGAUUUUUUUUUUUAAAAAUGUAUAUGAACUCUGCUCCAUAGAAUGUGUGAAAAAUAUAAAAGCUUCAUAGGAUGGUAUUCAACUUUCUACACUUCAACAGAAUAGACGACUAAACUUGACAGGUUAAAAAAGCAUGUUCUACUAGCCUUUUUUUUGUUUUUGUCAUUUUGUGAAUUUUUUUAAAGAUUGAAUGGUAAUAUAGCUGCUUUUGGACCA